CAGACACCCCUGGAAAUGACAGUGCUCCUUGCUUUGCUCCUGGUCAUGGGCCUGCCAUGGGUGGAGACAAACGUCACCUUGACUGGAAGACAAGCUUUACUGAAGUGUCACGUUUGCGAGGAAUACAAUACUGUCAGGUGCACCGAGCCAACCAUCUGUCCCAAGGACUCUGAAUAUUGUGCUACUGUUAUCGUGAGAAUUCUUGUACGUUUCAUCUAUGUUUCAAGGCAGUGCUCGAGGUUUUGUCCAAUAAUUCAUCCAAAUGAAUAUGUCUUCAAGUCGUUCGUACUCGUAAAGCCGAUGCCCUUCCUGUAUGCGAGCUGCUGUAGAAACUCGCUGUGCAACAACCAAGCACCACAGAUCAAUGACACAGAAAGAAGGUACCGGCAAUCCGGACGAGCGGGGGACAUGCAGAGCAGCAGUGCUGGGCUCAUGCUGCUCCUGACACUCACCUCGGCGUCACUGGUCCUCAGACCGCCCUGA